AUGGCGGGUCAUUCACACAGAACGUCGUUGAAGAAUGGACACAAGUCUUUCAAAUCAAAACACGCUUCUAAAGGUGCUUUGAAGAGACUGUACAAAGGAAAAGUGGAGAAGGAGCUCAUCGGAACUGGCAAACCAGACAAGCAAGUCUCGAAGCUGCAGCGUCGAAACAAGUCUAAGCAAUUAAGAGCACAAAAAAUCUUAGACUCUAUUGAAAACAGAAAACUUUUCGAAGGUAAAAAUGGUGCUGCCAAAAUCGUCACUAUUCUUCCGCUAGUAAGUGAUCUGGACCCAUUGGAUAUUAUGUACAAGCUAUUGAAGUCUGCGGACGACGAGGAGAUUAUGAUCCAGGAAGUAGAAUCGAAGCGCAUAUUCAAUCUUCACAUCAAGAAAUUUAAGAGCAAUCUAAAGAUCAUCAUUCCAGACAUGACCAACUUUUUGAACAUUUUAGAUUGUGCUAAAGUGGCUGAUUUUGUCAUUUUUGGGCUAAGUGGUGUGAACGAAGUUGAUGGAGAAUUCGGAGAACAAAUCGUCCGUGCUUUGGAACUACAAGGUAUUGCAUCAUAUAUUGGUGUCAUAAGCAACCUUUCAGCGGUCCACGAAAAGGAGAAGUUCCAACUGGACGUCAAACAAUCCCUGGAGAGUUAUUUCAAACAUUUUUUCCCCAACGAGGAACGUGUUUAUAACCUAGAGAAGAACUCAGACUCUUUAAACGUCUUAAGAACUUUAUGUCAGAAACUUCCAAGAUCUAUUAACUGGAGAGAUAAUAGAGGUUAUGUUGUUGCGGAUCUUGUUGAUUUUGUUGAAACUUCCCCUGACUCCGGUGAGUUGGUCGUUGAAGGUACUGUUCGUGGUAUUGGUUUCAAUUCUAAUAGAUUGGUUCAUAUCCCUGAUUUUGGUGACUUUCAACUUAAUAAAAUAGAAAAAAUUAGCGAGUCCUCACAAAAGAGAAAAAACAUCAAGAACAAAUCCAACAACACAGGCGAUGAUCUAGACUUGGAUUUACAAACCGUCUUUGAAAGUGAUAUGAAUAGAGAUACUUUAGACGAGUACGCUCCAGAAGACGUGGAAGAUUGGUCUGAUUAUGAUGAUGACUUUGGAUACGAAGAUUUGACUACAGCAAGAUAUGAUGAUCACGGGUAUUUACCUGGUAGAGAACAAGCAUCCAAAAAGGUAGCGGUCCCCAAGGGAACUUCGGAUUAUCAAGCCAAAUGGUACCUAGAUGACGUUAUUGAAGCUGCCGAUGAAGAAGAAAUGGAACAGGCCGAUGAAGAAGAGGAAACAAUGAUGGAUGUUGACGACGGAAUGACGGUGAUAGACCAAGACAAUGAAGAGAUGGAAAACGACGAAAGAUAUGAAAUAGAAGAUGAUGAAAAAUUUGAAGAGUUUUCACCUGAAGAAGAAGAACGUCAAUUGAGAGAAUUCAGAGAUAUGGAAAAGGAAGACAGAGAAUUCCCAGAUGAAAUCGAACUAGAACCAACCGAAUCUGCCGUGGAACGUCUGAAAAGGUACAGGGGUUUGAAGAACCUAUACAACUGUGACUGGAAUGUUGAUGAAAAAGACCCCACGUCACCACCCGAAUGGAAACGUUUAUUAAGAGUGGGUAAUUAUAAAAACACCAAAAAUAGAAUUAUCAAAGAAACCAAGAACGAAGCACAAGCUAUUGCAGGUGACCGUAUUAGAAUGUUCAUCAAAUUCCCCAAAUUCUUAUUAGAAAAGAUUCAAGACCCCAAACAGCUAUUGUUUGCCGUUUAUGGAUUACUUCUACACGAACACAAGAAUGCAGUGGUCAACUUCUCGUUACAAAGAUGGGAAGAAUACGACAACCCUGUACCUUCUAAGGAUCCUAUCGUGGUACAAUAUGGUGCUAGAAGAUAUACCAUUCAGCCACUAUUUUCUCAGGAUUCGAAUAGUCCCAACAACGUUCACAAGUAUGAGAGAUAUUUGCAUCCAAAUACAGUAUCGAUCGCCACAUGUAUUGCACCUGUAGAUUUCACGCAAUCCCCUGCAAUUUUCUUCAAACCUUCACAAACAGAUUCUAAGCAAGUUGAGUUGAUUGGUCACGGUACAUUCUUAAACGCAGACCAUUCAAGAAUCUUGGCCAAGAGAGCUAUCUUGACGGGUCAUCCAUUUAGAUUCCACAAGACAGUGGUCACUGUACGUUACAUGUUCUUUAGACCGGAGGAUGUGGAAUGGUUCAAAUCUAUCCCAUUAUUCACCAAAUCUGGUAGAUCUGGUUUCAUUAAGGAGAGUCUGGGUACACACGGUUAUCUCAAGGCUACGUUUGACGGUAAACUUUCUGCACAAGAUGUUGUUGCCAUGUCCUUGUAUAAACGUAUGUGGCCAUUGCCUUCAUUACCUUGGAAUGGUAUGUAA